CCCUCAUCCACUAACACGUUUCUUAACAAAACCUCUCUCUCUCUCUUAAUCUCAACGAAUCUCUCCCCAGUUGUAAAUAAAAUCAUCUCCGAGAAGAUAAGACUGGUGGUUGAGAGCUUUUGCAGAUUUCAGAUACUUAGAUAUCUUCUCAAUUGAUGCGAUUGCACAUUCCUCAAGUGUAUUCUAAUUACUUGUAAAUGGGUUCCGAAGGUCCUACAACUGUAACAAUUCAUGUGACGGGUUUUAAGAAAUUUCAUGGAGUUUCAGAAAAUCCAACUGAGACGAUUGUCAGUAAUCUCACCGAGUAUGUGAAAAAGAACGGUUCACCAAAAGGUCUGAUUAUUGGUGGUUGUAGUAUUCUUGAGACUGCAGGACAAGGAGCAGUUCUUCCCCUAUACCAGACAUUGCAAUCUGCAAUAAGCGAGAAGGACUCUACGAAUUCCAGCAGAAUUAUUUGGAUACACUUUGGAGUUAAUAGUGGUGCAACUAAGUUUGCUAUUGAGCAUCAAGCUGUCAAUGAAGCUACUUUUCGUUGCCCUGAUGAGAUGGGAUGGAAGCCUCAGAAAGUCCCUAUCAUUCCUUCAGAUGGUGGAAUUUCACAUAUAAGAGAGACUUCUCUUCCAGUUGAGGAGAUAACCAAGGCCUUGGUGAAGAAGGGUUAUGAGGUGAUGACCUCAGAUGAUGCAGGGCGCUUUGUAUGCAAUUAUGUCUACUAUCAUUCCCUUCGGUUCGCAGAGCAAAAUGGGAUCAAAUCGCUCUUUGUGCAUGUGCCUCUCUUCUUGACUAUCGAUGAGGACACCCAAAUGAAGUUUGCUGCUUCCUUGCUAGAGGUACUUGCAUCAUUAUGUUAGUACUCCUAUCCUCAUGCAUCAUCAACCACACCUGUAUGCCAAAAGUGUUUGUAUGCUUGUAUGAAGUCACCGCAUUUAUCAAGGUGGAUGUAUGCUUCAUACAUGGAAAAGUUUGAAUAAUCACCAAGUGUAAUCUAAGAUAAAGUGUAUUCAAUGAACGUUCACAUGAUAUAUUUUCAUUAACGUGUUCCAGAAGGUUUUGGUAACUAGCCGAAAUUUUUCAAAAUCCAGUUGUGAACCAUUAUCCCAGUUUUCUGUUAGAGCUUGCUGAUACGCUUUAUUAAUUCAUGAAAUGAAUGACUGGAUUAACCGUU